CAUCCCAUGAAAGACCACCUGAAGGCGUAAUGGAUUUUCCACUGCAGUAAAUUACUCAAGGUUUCCAUUGGCUACUGCUUGCAAAUUUUUGAGGUUGCUCAACAUGCCUAAGAGCUUUACAAACAGCUGUAGGUAUUUGUAAAAGCCUUUGAGAUACUUGGGUUUCUACUCUGCAGAAAAUGCCAAUUUUUACCCUUCACAUUUUGCAAAUGAACUACAUUUUGAAAGUUCACUACAGAUAUGAAAUUGAGGAAAUAUGGUAUAGAACCAUGAAAUAUUUCCCUUGGAUAGUAUUGAUACAUUUUGCAAGAAGAAUAUUAGGAAAAAUGAAGUAUACGGCUAUUAAAUAUGAGCUGAAGACAGGUAAAAUCAGUAGCAUGUACUAAUAGAAAAGGCAAACCAAAACAUGACGCAAAGAUAAAAUCAAAAUGCAAUGGUCUCCUUUGUUUGGAUUGAACAUUUCCUCAAUAUCAACAUGUUCCGACAAAACAUUUCAAUUUUGCCAAAGUUGCAUUUUCUGGCAGAAACGGAGUCCGUAAAAAGCUUCUGACUAGCUCAAGCGCGUGUAUUCCAAGUGAUUCCUUUUGUGUUUUGCGGUUUUCAUCCACUGUGGAGGGAGCGAACACUUAGUGAGCCCCAUUCAUUCAUCUGGCCUGCCAUAAAAAAGCACGUCUAUUUUAAGCGCGUUGUAAAAUGGCACAUGUCACUUAGCCGGGCUGUCCGGUCACAGGACGGUGGGCCAGGAAUCCCUCUCCGCACCCACCCCACACCCAGCCCGGCGGCAAGGGCAGCACCCUGGGGACACAUCAGCCCUGCACACCCAGAGGGAGCACGUACCAAGUGCCUCCUUCUGGAGACUUCUGUAACUUCAACUCACCACAGCAACAGGGAUGACUCAUGAAUAGAAAUUUGUAUUUCUGUUUCUCCCCCCUUUACUAUAUCUUUCUUUCCGAGAUGAAAAUCGCUAUCUCAGAGCUGAGCAGUGCGAGACAACAAACCCAUCACAAAAGGGAUCGCCUGCCAGAGUCCAGAAAGGGUUAAGGCAGCAGUUGGAGAGGUUUGGGGUGACGUCGUGCUUCUGGACGCCUGAGAAGUCUCUUGAAGGUAGUUCCCCUCUGGUGAGGAUGGGAGCGAGCCGAGGUCUGAAAUCCGAGAUCCCUCGCAGCCUGGAGCUGGUGAGGUCCCAGUAAAAGCUGUUUGCCUGCUUUCCCUUGCUGAGCAGUCACACCGCUGCACCGGCCUGGCCAGUAUGGAGCGAGCCCUCUGGACACACAUAGGACUCACCCUCCUCCAGCUCCUGCUCAUCUCCUGCUUGCCGAGAGAGUACACGGUGAUCAAUGAGAACUGCCCUGGGGCGGAGUGGAACAUCAUGUGCCGGGAGUGCUGUGAGUAUGACCAAAUCGAAUGCGUCUGUCCAGGACGGAAAGAAAAAGUGGGCUACACCAUUCCCUGCUGCAGGAAUGAGGAGAACGAGUGUGACUCCUGCUUAAUCCACCCAGGCUGCACCAUUUUUGAGAACUGCAAGUCCUGCCGUAACGGCUCCUGGGGAGGGACACUCGACGACUUUUACAUCAAGGGGAUCUACUGCGCGGAGUGCAGAGCUGGCUGGUACGGAGGGGACUGCAUGAGGUGCGGGCAGGUUCUUCGGGCUUCUAGAGGUCAGAUUUUGCUGGAGAGUUACCCACUGAAUGCACGAUGUGAAUGGACUAUUCAUGUUCAAGCUGGAUUUAACAUUGAAUUAAGGUUUUCCAUGCUGAGCCUGGAGUUUGAUUACAUGUGCCAGUAUGAUUAUGUGGAGGUCCGUGAUGGGGACAAUUUGGACAGCCGAAUAAUUAAGAAAUUCUGUGGAAAUGAGAGGCCACCUCCCAUCCGAAGCACUGGGUCUUCUCUCCAUGUCCUUUUCCAGUCUGAUGGAUCCAAGAACUUUGAUGGAUUUCAUGCUGUCUUUGAAGAAAUUACAGCUUGUUCUUCGUCUCCAUGUCUUCAUGAUGGAACUUGCAUUCUAGACAAAAGCGGUACCUACAAAUGCGCCUGUCUGGCUGGCUAUACGGGGAGUCGCUGUGAAAACUUGGUGAUGUGUAGGACUCCAGGUGCUCCCGCUCAUGGUAUUGUGGAAGGAGAUGACUUUAAAUACGGGGCCCAGGUUUACUUCAAGUGCAACGCAGGUUACAGCUUAAAAGGCAGCCGUGUUGCCUACUGUCAGCUUGAUGGGAUUUGGUCAACACAUCAUCCCGAAUGUGUUCUAGAUGAAAAAAACUGCUCAGAUCCCGGUGGCCCACUCAAUGGCUACAGAAGAGUAAUGGAAGAUGCUGAGCUCUUGAAUGGACGCUAUGCAAAAAUUGGCACAGUCAUUGCUUUCUUUUGUAACAACUCAUAUGUUCUUAGUGGGAAUGAAAAGAGGACCUGCCAAGACAGUGGAGAAUGGUCAGGGAAGCAGCCAAUCUGCAUAAAAGCCUGCAGAGAGCCAAAGAUCUCUGACCUGGUGAGACAGAAAGUGCUUCCAAUGCAGGUUCAGUCAAGGGAAACACCUUUGCAUCAGCUUUACUCAUCUGCAUUCAGCAAGCAAAAGCUUGAAAUCUACCCAACCAAGAAGCCAGCACUGCCAUUCGGAGACCUGCCCCCAGGGUACCAGCAUCUGCACACUCAGCUUCAGUACGAAUGCAUUUCUCCUUUCUACCGCCGCCUGGGUAGCAGCAGGAGGACUUGUCUGAAGACAGGAAAAUGGAGUGGGAGGGCCCCCGUUUGUAUUCCAAUCUGCGGAAAGGCAGAAAACAUCACUCUUCAGAAGACAGUGACCUCUACCAGGUGGCCCUGGCAAGCAGCAAUCUAUCGGACGGCCAAUGGGGUGAAGGAGAACAGUCUCCGAAAAGGCGCCUGGAUCCUCAUCUGCAGCGGGGCCCUGGUGAAUGAGCGCACCGUGGUGGUGGCAGCUCACUGUGUCACUGACCUGGGCAAGACAAUCGUGCUCAAGUCAGCAGAGCUCAAGGUGGUUCUGGGGAAAUUCUACAGAGACGAUGACAGGGAUGAAAAGACCAUCCAGAACCUGCGGAUUUCUGCCAUCAUAGUGCAUCCCAAUUAUGACCCCAUAUUACUUGACUCUGACAUAGCUAUCAUAAAACUUUUGGACAAAGCCAGAAUCAGCAGUCGUGUUCAGCCCAUUUGCUUGGCAUCUUCUCAUGACUUGACUUCACCUAUAGAGGAUUUAAAAAUAAUGGUUACUGGCUGGAAGGUACUGGCUGACAUUAAAGAACCUGGAUACAAGAACGAUACGAUCCGCAUGGGAGCUGUUCGGAUGGUGGACUCACUGUUGUGUGAGCAACAGUAUGAGGAUAAUGGGAUACAGGUCAGCAUCACUGACAGCAUGUUCUGCGCCAAACAGGACCACACAGCCUUUUCGAAUAUCUGCCCUGCUGAAACUGGUGGGAUUGCAGCCAUAACUUUACCAGGAAAAGCAACUCCUGAGCUAAGGUGGCACCUGAUGGGAUUAGUGAGCUGGGGUUAUGAUAAAACUUGCAGCCUAGAACUCUACAGUGGCUACACCAAAGCUUUUCCCUUCAAAGACUGGAUUGAGAAGAACCUGAAAUAAAAAGCUGUGUCUGGAAAUGGCAUUUUAUAAUUAUCAUAAUAUCUCUCACAGUCUCUGCUGCUUUAGGCUUCUCAACCCAAUGAUGAGCCACGUCUGGGAUAAGGUUAAGGCAGACACCCUGGUAAUUUGUCCUAGGAUCAGAUGUUCCAUCAGGCUACUCUUAAUUCAUGGCAGAAUGUCCUUGUGCAUGGGAAGUUUUGUCAUAUUUUGCCUGUCUCCCCUGGUGGGAGGACGAUGCCCUGCUCCUGAGUCUGACAUACAGAAACAGGACAGCAAAUUCUGACUGAAAUUAAUCUGUAGUGUGGAGUCCCUUAGAGAAAUCAACAGUGAGCCUCUUCCAAAGGUCAGUGUGACUGACAGGAAUAAGAGGCUGGAAAGAGUAGCCUGAAUUCAUUACAAUGGAUGAGCUUGUUACGGUAUGUGCUGUCUCUAUUGCCAUAGUACAAUGUAAUCUUUUUCCCUCCCAAGUACUUUACACAUUUAAAUAAACUAUGGUUUGUUUUUUUAACC